AUUAUCUUCUGCUCAUCAAUUCCCCCCAACAUGUCUCAGCUCGCCCCCUACAAGCAAGACUUCCUCCAGGCCGCCAUCGCCGGCGAGAUCCUCAAGUUUGGCAGCUUCGAGCUCAAGUCGAAGCGCAUCUCGCCCUACUUCUUCAACGCCGGCCUCUUCCACACUGCCCGCCUCGCCGGCGCCAUCGCCACCGCGUUUGCCAAGUCCAUCGCCGAGGCCCAGCAGCAGACCGGUCUCGACUUCGACAUCAUCUUUGGCCCCGCCUACAAGGGCAUCCCCCUUGCCUCGUCCAUCGCCGUCAAGCUCGGCGAGCUGGCCCCCGAGAACCUGGACCGCGUGUCGUACUCUUUUGACCGCAAGGAGGCCAAGGAUCAUGGUGAGGGAGGCAACAUUGUUGGUGCUCCCCUCAAGGGCAAGAAGAUCCUGAUUGUCGACGAUGUCAUCACUGCCGGCACCGCCAAGAGGGAGGCCAUUGACAAGAUCCGCAAGGAGGGCGGUAUCGUUGUUGGUAUCGUCGUUGCUCUGGACCGCAUGGAGAAGCUCCCUGCCACCAAUGGUGACGAGUCCAAGCCUGGCCCCAGUGCCAUUGGUGAGCUUCGCAAGGAGUACGGCAUCCCCAUCUUUGCCAUCUUGACCCUGGACGACAUCAUUGCCGGCAUGAAGAGCUUCGCUUCUGAGGAUGACAUCAAGCGAACUGAAGAGUACCGCCUCAAGUACAAGGCCAGCGACUAAACACCACAGGAGUCGAGCAAUGGGUUAAAGGAACGAUGUUACGAUACUAAAAAUGGUCACUGGGAAAGAAAGAGAAUUGGGCAAUCAAAAGGGAGAUAGAGUGUGAAACGCAAAAAAGUUAUAGACCAGCUAUCUCAUUAUUUUAGAUGACUCGGCUGUGCGAGCGAUUGGCCGUGGUACAAAGAUGA